AGGAAUAAGGUGAAGCCUCAAAUUUGUCAAUAUUUCGAUAAGUGAUAAGUUUUCGGGAGUGAUAUCAUUAGAUACGAUGUAUGAUGAAAUAAUAAAUUCCGUGCGGCAAUUUAAUUUUUGGAGUUCUGUUUAUUGAUAAUAGAACAAAGUCAAGUCUUUAGAUAAGCCAGAAAGGAAUCAGAUUGCAGUAGCAUGACUUGGUAUUUUGUGUGAGAAUGCUAAAGAUGGGUGUCUUCAAGAACUGUUAUCAUUAUCAAACUAGUCGAAUUCUGGACAUACCUUGCAAGGUAUGCGGCGAUUUUUCCUCCGGAAAACACUACAACAUCUUCGCUUGUGAUGGCUGUGCCGGCUUUUUCAAGCGUUCAAUCCGCCGAAACCGCCAAUACGUCUGCAAAGCCAAGGACGAAGGCUCGUGCAUAAUCGACAAAACGCACCGAAACCAAUGCAGAGCUUGCCGUUUGAAGAAAUGCCAAAACGUUGGAAUGAACAAAGAUGCGGUGCAACACGAACGAGGGCCCAGAAAUUCCACUCUGAGGCGGCAACAAAUGUCGAGUUAUUACAACGAGAGCAGAGUCAUGAUGUCGCCACCAGGAAACGUCCUCAAUCUGACAAUGCCCAAAUACGAACCCAAUCCGUCCAUCAUUGACCCCGGGCCGGCCUUACCCCCAACCGGCUUCUUGUGCAAUAACUACCUACCACUGCCACAGGUCCCACCACUCCCAUUGCCCCCGAUGUUUGCCCCCACAAUGAUAAACCCAUCAGCAAUCUGCGAAUCGGCGGCCCAACUCCUCUUCAUGAACGUCCAAUGGGUCCGAAGCAUCCCAGCGUUCACGUGUUUGCCCCUUUCCGACCAACUCCUCCUCUUGGAGGAAAGCUGGCUAGACCUAUUCGUCCUGGGCGCAGCCCAGUUUCUCCCACUGAUGGACUUCAGUGUGCUGGUGGAAGCUUGCGGUGUCCUACAACAGGAACCCCACCGGAGAGACGCAUUUUUGAAAGAAGUCGCCGACUUUCAAGAAACGUUGAAAAAAAUCAGCCAGUUUCAACUCGACGCCCACGAGUUCGCGUGCUUGCGAGCGAUCGUCCUUUUCAAGACCUCGUUCGAAAAACCGUCGUCGUCGUCGAACCAGGAGAAGACGACGACCGAAAGUGCGAAAAUUAGUGUCAUACAAGACGACGCACAGAUGAGGCUCAACAAACACGUCACCACAACCUACCCCAAACAGCCGCUCAGGUUUGGGAAAAUUCUCCUGUUGGUGAGUUCGACGUUCAGGACGAUUUCGGGACGCACUAUUGAAGAUCUUUUCUUCAAAAAAGUGAUCAGGGACACGCCCAUUGUUGCGAUCAUUUCGAACAUGUACAAAAAUCAGAUUCUGGGCAACAAUAAUGUGUGACAAUUGGUUGGUUUUAUUUAUUUGCAAUAUUUUUAGUGGUAGGGAACGCACUGUGAUGUAUAUAAAUAGUUAGGCUAAGCUCUCAGUUUUGGUUGUUUGUACAUAGUAACAAUACUCUCUUUCAUGGCUUUAUUGAAGUGUAUAGUUAUGAAAAAUUACAUAAAUUAUGUAACAUAACACGUAGUUAAAAUGUUCAAGGGACAAUAAAUCUUUAAUAUUUU